AGCGCUGUCAGGAGUACGUGCGCUCGGGCGUGGCGCCGCGCACCGGCUGCACGCUCGGACCCCGCGAGCAGAUCAACCAGGUGACCUCCUUCCUGGACGGCUCGGUCAUCUACGGCAGCAGCAAGGAGGAGAAUGACGAGAUCCGCCAGUUCAAGAAGGGUCUUCUCAAGAUGCAGCCGGGUCCGUCGGGCUCCAAGGGCCUCCUGUCGGCUGACCCGACGCAGCUCGACUGCAAGCCGCACCCUUCGCUCAGCUGCUUCCGUUCGGGAGACGUCCGUGUCAACGAGCACGCCGCCCUGGGCGCCAUGCACACGCUCUUCGCCCGGGAGCACAACCGAGUCGCGCUGGAGCUGGCCGCCAUGAACCGGCACUGGACGGACGAGCAGCUGUUCCAGGAGGCACGCCGCGUGGUCGGCGCCGAGCUGCAGCACAUCACCUACAGCGAGUUCCUGCCGGUCGUGCUGGGCAGCAGAAUCGUCUCAAAGUACGGCCUGGAGGUGGAGAAGGCCGGCUACUUCACCGGCUACGACAUCAACAUCGACCCGGGCGUGGCCAACAGCGUGGCCACCUCGGCCCUCCGCUUCGUCGCUUCCAUGAUGGGCAGCAGCAUCGCGCUUCGGAACGGCGAGCGCGUGGUCAACGAGCUGGACCUGACGUCGACAUUCUACGCGCCGUUCGAGCUGUACGUCAAGGGCAGGCUGGACCAGAUCCUGGAGGGUCUGGUGCGCGAGAAGGCCAUGGCUGAGGACGUCUUCAUCUCGGAGGCCAUGACCAACAAGCUGUUCGAGGAUUCGGCUGACGGGUUCGGUCUGGACCUGGCCGCCCAGCUGAUCCAGCAGGGCAGAGACCAUGGCGUGGCCGGCUACAACGAGUGGAAGGGCUUCUGCGGCCUGGAGCGCGCCAAAAGCUUCAAGGAUCUCGGCGACACCAUGGCGCCAAACGUCAUCCAGGCCCUGCAGCGAGUCUACAGUCACGUGGACGACAUCGACCUGUUCACGGGCGGCCUGGCCGAGACGGCCAAUGUCGGGGCGCUCGUCGGCCCGACCUUUGGCUGCCUGAUCGGCCGCCAGUUCCACUACCUGAAGCGUGGCGACCGCUACUGGUACGAAAACGACGUGCCGCCCUCGUCAUUCACCAGAGACCAGCUGGCCGAGAUCCGGAAGACGUCGCUGGCGCGGAUCAUCUGCGACAACGCGGACGCCAUCGACUACAUGCAGCCCACCGUGCUGCUCCAAUCGGACGAGUUCCUGAACGCCCGGAUGGACUGCGCCAAAGGCAUGAUCGGUCGCAUCAACCUGGACCGCUGGCGCCAGCUGUCGCCCAACUUCGUCGUGCCCGACGAGAUGCUGCACCAGUCGAUCGAGCGCGCCAAGCGUGACCUGGGCGAGAUGCGUCACACCGAGUGGAAUCUGCACGAGGCCCAUCUGGCGGCCGAUCCCAAGUCUGCCAUCGGCUCUGCCUACGCCUUCAUGAGACCUAAGCGGCAGGCGCAGGACAUAUCCAACACCUCAAUGGUGCUGCAGUUCGCUUCGCAGCGAUUCAUCAACAACUUCUUGAACGGCAACCAGCUGAAGGACCGCGAGUCGGGCAGCGUGGCGCCGCGCGACAUCCACGAGCUGGUCCAGGUGCUGCCCAACAUCGACGUCUCGGACGUGAUGGAGAUCCCGAGCGUGUUCGAGUGUGACGACCAGACGCUGCCCUGCGACCACACGUCCAAGUUCCGCACGGCCUCCGGCUGGUGCAACAACCUCAACAACCCCGGCUUCGGCAAGGGCGUGCGCGCCCUGAACCGGCUCGUGCGCCCGCACUACUCGGACGGUCUGAUGGCGCCGAGGGACCGGUCCGUGGCGGGCAACCCGCUGCCGUCGCCGCGCCUCAUCUCCGUCAACAUCCACAACGACGUGUCGGCGCCGCACGUGCGCUACAACCUCAUGAUCAUGCAGUGGGGUCAGUUCAUCGACCACGACAUCACCUUCACGCCCGUCAACAAGGGCUUCGGCGAGAGCAUCCUGGACUGCCGGCGGUGUGAUGCGGCGCUCACCAUCCACCCGGAGUGCAUGCCGAUCUCUGUGCCUGAGAACGACCCCUACUUCCCGCGGCGUAACGUCACCAACGGCCAGCUCUUCUGCCUGCCCUUCACGCGUUCCAUGCCCGGACAGCUCACGCUAGGUUACCGGGAGCAGAUGAAUCAGGUGACGGCGUAUGUGGACGCGUCGCACACGUACGGCUCGGACAAGUGCGAGCAGCGCCAGCUGCGCAGCUUCGUCGGCGGCCGGCUCAACGCCACGCGCCACCCCAUCCGCGGCAAGGACCUGCUGCCGCUCGAGAGCGCCCACAAAAACGAGGAGUGCAAGUCCAACUCGGGCGUCUGCUUCACUGGCGGUGACACCCGCGCCUCGGAGCAGCCCGGCCUGGCCGUCAUGCACACCCUGCUCAUGCGCGAGCACAACCGCAUCGUCGACUACCUGAAGCGCAUCAACCCGCACUGGAACGACGAGCAGCUGUUCCAGAAUGGCCGGCGCAUCUUGUCGGCCCUCAACCAGCACAUCACCUACAACGAGUUCCUGCCGCGCGUGCUCGGCUGGAACGCCAUCAACCUGUACGGCCUGAACCUGGACAGCGAAGGCUACCACAAGGGUUACGACCCGUACUGCGACGCGUCCAUCGUGAACGAGUUCUCCACGGCGGCCUUCCGCUUCGGCCACUCGCUGCUAAAGCCGCAGCUGGUCCGCAUGGACAACGCGUACCAGCACAAAGGGCCCGACAUCAAGCUGAAGGACACGUUCUUCAACCCGGACCCGCUGUACGAGCCGGGCAUGAUUGACCAAGUCAUCCGCGGACUGGCCACCACCUCCAUGGAGACGCUUGACCAGUUCAUCACCGAGGAGGUCACCAACCAUCUGUUUGAGGACAAACAUGUGCCCUUCUCCGGCCUCGACCUGGUCGCACUCAACCUGCAGAGAGGGCGAGACCACGGCCUGGCGCCGUACAACCAGUACCGCUCGCUCUGCAACCUGACUCACGCCAGGUCCUUCAGCGACCUGACCCGCGAGAUAUCGCCGCCCAUCCUGGAGAGGCUGCGGCGCACCUACUCGCAAGUCGACGACAUCGAUCUUUUCACCGGCGGUCUGGCCGAGACGCCGCUCCACGGCGGCCUGGUCGGACCCACCUUCGGCUGCAUCAUCGGCAUCCAGUUCAGGGCCCUGAAGCGCUGCGACCGCUUCUGGUACGAGAACGAAGACCCUCUGGUGCGGUUCACCGAGGCGCAGCUGGCGGAGAUCAGGAAGUCGACCCUCUCCAAGAUGGUCUGCGACAACUGCGACCAGGUGGACGUCGUGCAGAGGUCGCUGUUCGACCUGCCGGACCCGUUCCUGAACCCUCGCGUGAACUGCGAUAGCAUGAAGAGCAUCGACCUGGACCUGUGGAAGGAGCGCGUCAGCUGCUCUGUGGGAAGCUUGACGAUCGACAUCGGCUCGGCCGAGCGCGUCUCGCCCUGCGUCAUGUGCACCUGCACUAAAGAGGGACCGGUGUGCCAGUCGCUGAAGAUCGACAACUGCUUCCACCUGGCGAACAGCUACUCGCCCGAGGACAUCCUCAACGACCACGUCUGCAAGGUGCAGUGCGCGUUCGCCUUCCGCGCGCUGCCGGAGGUGGAGAACCACCGGAAUCAGCUGGGUUUCCAGUGAUCGCCCGAGCCGGCGAUCAUGGCAACCACGAGCACCGCCGUCACAGCGCCAGGAAAAAUCGCUGGGGGCUUCCGAAAGGCGCUCUUCUUUCAGACGAGUGGGUGCCGACCGAGUAUGGGGAGCGCGCCGGCAGCAGUGCAGCUGCGGGGAGCGCCUGAAGCGACGUCAGGCGGCGGGACGGAGGUCGGCGUGAGGCAGCAAGUGCGGUGGACAGAGUGCGUGUCGGCGGCGGCACCACUGUAGCCAUAAGAUUAUGGAGCGCGAUCCGUGAACUAGGUAGUGAUCAUGUCAUGGCGUCACCUCACGCCGCUCAUAUUUCCUGGAGAACGGUGUACAUUUAUCAUUACAUAUGCGUAGGAGGUCGUGAGACGGGGUCGUAAGUUAAAUUUUCCGUAGGCUGAAGGAAGGCGAGUGCGUUAUCCCGGGCGUGUGGAGUUACUACUGGCGUUAUACGUUUUGCGCUGCUUUAUAGCGCAAAUAUGCGUAUUGCGACUAUUCUGAUAGAUUCGGUGCCGUUAAGUCUGUAUGCAAAUAUACAUUUCCAGCUGCCGGUGACA